AUGGCAACUGGGCGAUUACCUGAACCAUCAAAUACUGAGCACUACAGCAGAAUACCCUUUCAAUUCACUGAAGAAUUAUCCUCGAAAAAUGUGUUUUUGAGGUUGCCUGAUUCAUUUUCACCACUAGAGCGAAUGCUGCUACAAGCAGCAGGUAAUUUGCAGAGAAUCAUGUCUGCAUAUUACAAUGUGCCUAGCCAUGUCAAGAUUCUGAAAAACGAUACUGUGCCAAAUAGUGAGUACAUGCAAUACGACAGAAAGAUUGUCAUGUAUUUCGAGGAUAAGCUAGCCUACGAAGCAGAUUCCAUCCUGAUUGUCAAAGAUGCCAAUGUAAUCGAGCUGAUUGAGAAACACAAGUAUGGCCUUGGUCAAAUAUUUGGCCACACUCAUAGAUCGCCCGAUUUCGUAUUACAUGCCAUUGGUAGACAUGGCAACGCACCAGGGGCUAGCUUCUGGAGAGAUUACAGCUUGACGAUACCCGAUGUGCUUGAUUGCUUUAUCAGAGAGACAUUUGUGCAAGAUCUGUUUGAAAAAUACACUGGAGACUGCGACAAUGGCGCGAUUUGGUAUAGCUCAAGUUACGCUACACCACCACCUGCUUCACCUGUCAAAUUGAAUUGA